UAAACUGCGGAGAUAACGUUACAAGGGGUCUUAUUCUUCUAAGGAAUCAUGCCAACCAGCCACACAUGAUUCAGCGCCAGCACAAGCAACAUCGUCUUCGAAGUUGGGUUCUUCUAGGUUUUUCGCUUCUUAAAUAUUAGAGACUGUCAAAAGCGGACCUUUUCCUUUUUCCGUUCUUUUCUUCUUCUGAAGAUAGAAGCAGUAAGCUACUUUUAUCACAGUUUCCUUUGCCUUGGACUUCUUUUAUGCUGUUUUGGCGUUUCUGGUAAAAUGGGUCAUUUCUAUUGAUGGGUUUUUGCUUCAGAGGCCGCCGUCGAAUGGGUAUACCUUGUCUUUUGAUAUCUUGCCCUCUAGUGGGCAUUUUUGGGGUUCUUCCUUUUCAUUUUGUGGGAAGGAGAUUUUCUUGAGAAAUGCAGUAGUGUUGUUUUGGAAGUUUAUACGAUUAUUGCAAUUGAAUCUCUCAUGCUGUAUUUUUUUUUUUUUUUUUGAUUCUUUGGAAUGGGAUUUUAUUUUACUUGAAUGAGUUUGGGAUAUGGACUGAGGAAGGCGGCAUUGGGAUUGGUUCUCUUCGAGAAGUUCAGUUCUUUAGUGUUUUAUUUUGAAUUCUUUGUAGCAAUCGACUAUUUGCUACAGGGAGUUUUAUUAUUGAUGUCAGAAAAGCAAAUGCUGGGAACAUAGACAAGGAGAAAUACUCGUUUCGUUAAAUUGUUGAAGUGUUUCCAUUCUGUGGAAGUAGUUCCCAUUUUUUAACUUACAAUUGGACUUUAUAGUUUUAGGGCUUUAAAUGCUUUAGUUUAGAAAUGUCUUUUUGUCUUUGAAUUGAUGGAAAUUGUUGCCCUGGGUGGUUUUUUUGGUCGAAAUUGGUAAAAGAGGAAAAUUAUUGUUGUAGAAUUUGGGUAGUAUUUUUGUCUUUUCUGGGAAAGCAGAAAUGGAUUUGUGGGUUUUUGGAGCAGCUGCUGCUGCUGGAUACAUUGCUAAACAUUGGCAAUAUGUUUCAAGGGUUAGGGAUAGUUUAUUGGAGCCUGGGCCCUCCAAAUGUGAGAAAAAUGAAACCCCCAGCUGCCCCUUCCGCAGAUUGACUCGGAGAAGGAAAUUGGCAGAAAAUACUUCUACAGGUGAGAGAUUGUCAGAUAUGUACAAGUUAGAUGAUGCUUCAGAAGCAGAAGGUUCUACUAGUGGUUAUGAGGACAAUGUGCUGUCCUUCUCAAGCUUGUCACUUGGAUUCUCAACAGAUGAAAACCUAAAAGAAAGUGAGGGUGGAAAUGUGGUGGGUGGUGAUAUGGGUGAUAAUUCUGGUGGGCCUUGUAUUAGUGAAGUGAAUUUUUUUAAUGAUUCUACAAGGAAAAGAAGCUCUCUUAGAACCAAACAUAUAUAUGGUCAUUUUAUUAAACCUUUGAGUUCCCUAGAAAGUUGCCUAAUGGCUCAGUUAUACAAGGAACACACGAAAAUGGAAGAGUAUGUGCUUAGGGUCUUUCCUUCACCUUCUACAACUAAGAGGCCGCUGCUUGUAAUUGAUGGAAACCAAACAAUUAACAGAGUGAAUGGUCAUUCUUUCAGUGCACAGAUCAGUACUGACAAUAAUAGGCUGCAUAAGGAGGAAAAUGUGUGUGGGGUUCCUCCACUGCCAAAAACCAGCGCAUUGGAUGCUUCCAAUAAGAUUAAAUCUAAGACAGGAAAGGGGCAUGAUAAAAGAUACAGCAAUUUCCAUAAAGCAGGCAGUGAAAGGCGUUUUGAUUCCCAAAAUGGGUCAUUUGAUCAAACAAUUUUAUUUUGUCUGGGCAUUUGUGUUGGCAUAGCCUCUUCUCUCCUAGCUAAUAGAAGAGAAGUAAACAAGUUAAAAAACUUUUUGAAGCAAAAAGAGAACUUGGUUCAAGAUCUGCAAGAGGAACUUGAGAUGAAAGAUUCAUUGACAGUGAAAGAGCUAGCUGAUGAGAACUAUGAAUCACAGGGUACAUGUGAGAACGCAUUUCACUACAGGGCACCAAUUCCAGUUGUUUCUGUACACAAUAUGGAUAGUUCAAUAAACAAUGAUGGUAAAGAAUCACCCUAUGAGAAGGCUGAGGAGACUUCAGAAGACAUGAGUAAAAUUGAAGCAGAACUUGAAGCUGAACUUGAGAGAUUGGGGCUAAACAUGAAUCUAUCUAAUUUGGAGAGAAGAUUGUCUGAUCUUGUUGAGCUUGACUCAGAUUUUGUAGCAGACUUUGCUCAAGGUGAACUACGAGAAGACAUGGUCAAUGGGCGAACUGUUGUCGAACUUGAAUCAGAUAGAGAUGCAAGUGGUACCUCAACAACUCACACUGGAAAUUAUACAGUUUCACCCCGAGAACUGAGCCUGUGUCUGCAUGAAGUUAUUCAAUCCAGACUCGAAAAGCGUGUGAAGAAGCUUGAAAUGGCCCUUCAAAACAGUGAGAGGAAGUUGCAACUCAGAGAAUCUGAGCGUAAGAAUGUUUCAAGUAAGUUGUCAAACGGUGAACUGAGGUACUCCUCUGGUGAAGAAACCGAAGAAAAUUUCAAUUCUACGGCCCAGCCUCUAGUUAUGAAUUUAUCGGGGGAAGCUCUUGAUGCUUACAAUGAAGCAUAUGAAGAGCUAAUGAAGAUAAAUGAGUCGGAAGAAGACGAUUCACCAUCUUGGGUUUAUGAAAAUAACCACGAAGGAGGCAUACCUCCAUUUAAUGAGAGCAUUUUGUGGGGCCAAAAUGGUGCAGCAAAUGAUUCCUUGACUCAUCUUACUUCCAAUAAAGAAAAACCAUCUAGAGAAUUAUACUUCAAUCAGUUAAAGGCAUCAAUGGAGCGAAACCCGGGAAUUCAGGAAUUGCUUUAUGAUGGUGCAAGUGAAGAUGAAAACAGCGAUUGCAGUGAUGAGAUGGAGAAGCAGCUCAUACAGCAAAUUGUGGAGAAGACUAGGAAUGGUUCUCCUGUAGUACAAAAUGCACAGAGGUGGCUGUUUUCCAUGGAUGAUGAAUGAACGUUAAAAACAAGAGUGGAAAAAAAAGAAAGUUUUGCAGUGUAUAGACACAUAUAGAAUGAUAUUAUAUUCGUAACUAUAGCAUGUUCUAUCCCAUUCGUUUAGU